AUGGCGGCGGCCACGGGCUGUCGGUUCUUGGCCGCUUUCUGGGUCCGGUCCCGUUCUCUCUGCAGCUCCGCCGCGACCGGCAGGGCCCCCGGGCCCGGACCGAAUAAAUACACCGCCGGGGACAUCCGGCAAACCUUCCUCUCCUUCUUCAGGGACAAACACCGGCACCGAGAGGUCCGCUCGGCCCCGGUCACCCCCAGGGCCGACCCCAGUCUCCUGCUGGUGAAUUCCGGAAUGAACCAGUUUAAACCCAUCCUCCUGGGCACAGUGGAUCCUCGCUCUGAGAUGGCCCGGUAUCAGAGGGUUGUCAACAGCCAAAAAUGUGUGCGUGCCGGUGGCAAACACAAUGACCUGGACGAUGUGGGCCGAGACCUCUAUCACCAUACCUUCUUCGAAAUGCUGGGCAACUGGUCUUUCGGAGACUACUUCAAGGAGGAAGCUUGCAGAAUGGCCUGGGAGUUGCUGACCGAGGUGUAUGGGAUUCCGCAGGACCGACUCUACAUUACCUUCUUUGGGGGAGACCCGCUUUUGGGACUGACACCUGACGAGGAGACUAAAGAGAUCUGGCUGAGCAUUGGAGUUCACCCAGACCGUGUGCUUCCAUUUGGUCUUGCUGAUAACUUCUGGGAGAUGGGAGAGACGGGGCCCUGUGGGCCAUGCACUGAGAUACACUACGAUCAUGGGGUAGGGAGAGGGGCAGCGGCACAGGUCAACAGAGGCAAUCCACAGCUGGUGGAGAUCUGGAACCUGGUCUUCAUGCAGUACAACAGGGAGGCUGAUGGCAGCCUUCACUCUCUGCCACAGCUUAACGUUGAUACUGGGAUGGGACUCGAGCGAUUGGCUACUGUUCUGCAAGGGAAGCAAUCGAAUUAUGAUACUGACCUCUUCACUCCCAUUCUAAAUGCCAUUCACAGGGGAUCCAAAGCCCCUCAGUACCGAGGUCUGGUGGGAGUGAUGGACCCUGACUCUGUCGACAUGGCAUAUCGCGUGCUGGCUGAUCAUAUUCGUACUCUGACUGUCUGCAUUGCUGACGGCCUCUAUCCAGGAAUGACAGGAGCUCACCUGGUUUUACGUCGAAUCCUCCGCCGAGCUGUGAGGUUUUCUGUCGAGGUCCUGCAGGCACCGCCUGGCCUCCUCGCCGGUUUGGUGCCGAUGGUUGUGGAGAUUCUGGGGGAUGCUUACCCAGAAUUAAAGCAGGACCCAGGCCAGAUUAUGGACACCAUUAAUGAGAAUGAAGCUGCCUUUCUUUCCUCUCUACACCGUGGGCGACGAGUCAUUGAGAGAACCCUGCGGAAAAUGACCCAAUCACAGAGCUUCCCAGUGGAUGUGGCCUGGUCGCUGCACAGGAACCUGGGCUUUCCCCUUGAUCUGAUUGGCCUGAUGCUAGAAGAGAAGGCAGUCAGCAUGGACAACGAGGCCUUGGGGCAACUGGCAAAGGAGGAGGCAGAGCAUCUCAGGCGAUCCUCACAGUCAGACACACGGCCUGAGGGAGAACUGGGCCUUCGCUGUAUCAACGACCUCCGGAGGUUUGGAGUGCCCACAACCGACGAUUCAGCAAAAUAUGCAUACGCUCUCCUUCAGAAUGGCAAAUAUGUGUUUAGUCCCUGCCAGGCAACCGUGCUGGCGUUGUACCAGGACAAUUCAUUGGUCGAGGAGGUGCAGGAGAGGCAGCGAUGCUGCGUCAUUCUGGACCGAACCAACUUCUACUGUGAGCAGGGAGGGCAGAGCCCUGACCAGGGAUAUUUCAUCCGACAGGGUCAUCAGGAUGUUCUGCUCCCAGUUGAGAAUGUGCAGACAGCGGGAGGGUUUGUGAUUCACACCGUCUGUGUCCCGGAAUCAUUACACGUUGGAGACAGACUCGACCUGUUUGUGGAUGAGGCCUGUCGUCUUGCCUGCAUGGUAAAACACACAGCCACUCACCUGCUGAACUUUGCCCUGCGCUGUGUGCUGGGUCAUCACGCUGAACAGAAAGGCUCACACGUCACAGCCGAGAGACUGCGUUUUGAUUACAGUAUCAAGGUUCCAGUCACUGGGCAGCAGCUGGAGAAAGUGGAAGAGAUUGUGCGAGAUUUGAUUCGAAGUGAUGAGGUUGUGUACACAGCAGAGAUCCCUUUAAAUCAGGUCAACCACAUCACUGGGCUCAGGACAGUCGAUGAGAUAUAUCCAGAUUAUGUGCGUGUGGUGUCAGUCGGGGUGCCUGUUGAACAGUUACUGCAUUCAGAUAACAAACAACGUACUUCUGUGGAACUCUGCUGUGGGACGCAUUUGCUGCGGACGGGUCUGAUCGGGGACCUGGCGAUUGUAUCAGAGAGGCAGCUGGGGAAGGGCAUCAGCAGAAUAGUGGCUGUGACAGGAGAGGAGGCCAAAGAGGCUCGAGAGGUGGGUCGGGUGCUGGUCGAGGAAGUUGAUUCUCUCUCUGUGCGGCUCAAUGGUGGAUUGAAGUCACUAUCUGACUCUCAGAGGCUGUCGAAGCAGCUUGGACAGCUAACAGACGUGGUGGAUGGAGCAGUGAUGUUGCAUCACCAACGCCGACUUCUACAGGAGAAGCUCCGAACUCUACAGAGAACAGCCAACACUGGCAUUAGGAAACUGGAGACCAGGGCGGCUGCUGAGAAUGUGCGGCUUUUCCUGGAGAAUCGAUUGGAUCAGGAGUUGAUUGUGGAUGCUUUUCCUGUCCAAUCGACCUCGCUUCUAAUGAAAAUGGUCAAUCAAAUCUGUGAGAAAAUGCCUCAAUCGUCUGUAAUGCUCCUGAGCCAGCAAGAUUCUGGAAAGGUCUUGUGUGCGUGUCAGGUCCCAAAGAACUUGGUGAGCAGCCUUUCUGCUGCAGACUGGGCCCUCGCUGUCUGUGGACAGAUGGGUGGAAAGGCUGGAGGCUCUGACAUUGUCGCUAAGGGAAUGGGAAGUAGCUCCAACCUGGAAGAAAUUAUAAAAUCAGCCACAGAAUACGCAAGAAGUAAAAUGUAAAAAUGGAGCCUGAAAUUCUCCAUGCGUUUCCAGAUGUUUGGAACUACUCGGGGAGGAAUCUGGAUCCCCAGCUCUGAAAAAAUCAUUUGGACUUGAAGCGUUGACUCUGUUUCUCUCUCCACAGACCUGCGGAGUUUUUUCCAGCAUUUUCUGUUUUUAUUAUAGUCUUGACCCAUUGUUGGGGUUGAAAAUGCUUCCCCUCCCUUCCAGGACAGUGUUAUGCUCUCAUCUGUCCAUGGAUCCCACUUUUUGGGUGAUGGAAGCUUUGUGACAUGUGCCAGUGUUUGUUGAGUAACUGGCUACCAUAGCAGUGAGAGAGACAGUCAAAUGUUGUUCCAGUUCUGCGAUAAAUCUCGCUGAGAUUGGUGAAAUGGGGCCCUGACCUUACGCUAUACUCUGGCUGUCAGUUUGUGCAGAGCAUUGUCCUGUAGUGUUUUUUAACAUGUUUACAGUGUCCUGGCCGUGGAGUUUCUUUCACUGUCUCCGGUAAGUUGUUUAAUUGAGCUACAGGAGGUAGGCUGGCUGUCUGAGAAGGAAGACGGUUGGCAGAGGUGGGUGUAUCCAGGAGUAAAGUGACCUAAUUCCCGAGAGGGUCAAAUUCAACAGUCAGACCCAAAGAUGUGCAUCUUUUGACCUAUUCAUGUGAAAACCAACUUUUGUUUUGUUCGAAGUCAUAAGCAGUGAUUGGGCUUUGAUACAAAGCCCAGUCCUGAAAAUAUUGUGACCUUCAGUGCUGCUGAUUGAAUACAGUCCGUGACUAUUGACUGGACUGACAUCACUAUCUCUGGUGAACUAACUGCUGAAAUUAAAUCCUUCUUAGUCAAAGCUGUCAGCAUCCUGAGUUAUUGAGGGAAUAAACUAAGGUUCCUACUUCCACUGCUAACUGGCAGCUCCUGCUGGAAAGAGCACUUGUAUAAGCAUUGGGUUGAGGAAAGGACUGAGCUUAAGGACAGUCUGCUGAUACACUCAUUCUCCAGAAUUUUGUGUAGUGACUGAUUAUUUGAAUUGAGAGCCUGUUUCCCACUUGUAUAAGCAUUGGGUUGAGGAAAGGACUGAGCUUAAGGACAGUCUGCUGAUACACUCAUUCUCCAGAAUUUUGUGUAGUGACUGAUUAUUUGAAUUGAGAGCCUGUUUCCCGUGUGGAGUUGGCUCCUCCCUGUGGAGAGACGUUAAAAAUGAAUUAUAUUUAAUUCCACUGCUGUCCCUUUUGGGGUGAAUAUGCUGAUACUGAAGCAGCAGACUUAAUAAAUUGUUGCCUGAAGCUGCUAUUAUCAUCAACAGCUUCAUCACUGUUGUGUCCAUUUAGUAACGGGCAACAAUGUACCAGUGGGCUGUCCUGUACUCUGUUUUAACUAUGUGCAUUUGAAUGCCAACUGUAGACAAUAUUCAUAAAGGACCCUGUCCUUUAUCCGAUUCCAUCACCUUGUGUCUCUUGAGAUUUUUAUAGAACUUCUCAAUCACCUUUGAGAAAUAGCUUAUUUGCCUGUAUAAAAAUAUGUAUGCUCAAUUGAAGAUCGCUCAAAAGC